GCGCGCGCGCGCUAUGCACGGGGACACCUCAGUCCUCAUCAUGAGCACUUCGGGCUCGCGAGGAAGGCUUUUGGAGUCGGGGUUGCUGUAGUAUGCUCGCAGCGUGGAAUUUGUGCAGUUGAAUGCGUAACUUUGACUCGUGUAUCCUUUUCUUCCUCUUCUUGUUUUCUUUCGCCGUUACAGACAUUAGUGUGGAAACUGUGGAUGGGCACACAGGAGUGGGCUGCUGCCCACCAAGUCUGACUGUGUUUCGGAGGUGCUGAGAAGAAGAACAUGUAAGAAUCCGCAGGCAUCGCCGCAGAUCCUUUCGGAUUCACAGCCAAAAUGCAGAAAGGGAUGAGGCUCAAUGAUGGCCAUAUCACCUAUCUGGCUCUUUUGGCGAAGAAGGAUGGGACGAGGCGAGGUUGCCUGAGUAAGAAAAGCUCAGACAACACAAAAUGGCAUUCAAAGUGGUUCGCUUUGUUGCAGAAUAUGCUAUUUUAUUUCGAAAACGACUCCAGCUCACGCCCCUCCGGACUGUACCUGUUGGAGGGAUGCGUUUGUGACAGGGCGCCGUCACCGAAACCAUCUCUCUCAGCGAAGGAAUGCUUGGAGAAGCAGUACUACUUCACUGUCACGUUCAAUCAUGACAACCAGAAGGCUUUGGAGCUGCGCACAGAGGACGUCAAGGACUGUGAUGAGUGGGUGGCUGCCAUCACACAGGCCAGUUACAGGAACCUGGCUACAGAGCAUGAAACCCUCAUGCAGAAGUAUCUCCAUCUACUCCAAAUAGUGGAGACGGAGAAAACGGUUGCCAAGCAACUUCGACAACAGAUAGAGGAUGGGGAAAUCGAGAUAGAGCGGCUAAAAUCAGAGAUUGCUGGACUGCUCAAGGACAAUGAGAAGAUCCAGUCAAAUCCAGAGGUACCUCCCAGUGACGAUGACACCGAGAUCAAGAAGAUCAAAAAGGUUCAGAGUUUCCUGCGAGGCUGGAUUUGCCGCAGGAAGUGGAAAACCAUCAUCCAGGAUUACAUCCGUUCACCCCAUGCUGAAAGCAUGAGGAAGAGGAACCAGGUGGUGUUUAGCAUGCUGGAGGCCGAAGCCGAAUACGUCCAGCAACUCCACAUCCUGGUCAACAACUUCCUGCGGCCGCUCCGCAUGGCCGCCAGCUCCAAGAAGCCGCCCAUCACUCAUGAUGAUGUCAGCAGCAUCUUUCUUAACAGUGAGACCAUCAUGUUCCUCCAUCAGAUCUUCUACCAGGGCCUGAAGGCCAGGAUAGCCAGCUGGCCGACACUGGUGCUGGCUGACCUGUUUGACAUCUUGCUGCCCAUGCUGAACAUCUACCAGGAGUUUGUGAGGAACCACCAGUACAGCCUGCAGAUCCUGGCCCACUGCAAACAGAACCGAGACUUCGACAAGCUGCUGAAGCAGUACGAGGCCAAACCCGACUGUGAGGAGAGGACACUCGAGACCUUCCUCACUUACCCCAUGUUUCAGAUCCCUCGUUACAUCCUGACGUUGCAUGAGUUGCUGGCUCACACUCCCCAUGAGCACGUGGAGAGAAACAGUUUGGACUACGCCAAGUCAAAACUGGAGGAACUUUCCAGAAUCAUGCAUGAUGAGGUGAGUGAGACGGAGAACAUCAGGAAGAACCUAGCCAUCGAGCGAAUGAUUGUGGAGGGUUGUGAAGUGCUGCUGGACACCAGUCAGACAUUUGUUAGGCAAGGUUCUCUGAUCCAAGUGCCGAUGAGCGAGAAAGGGAAAAUCACGAGAGGCCGACUGGGCUCUCUGUCCCUGAAGAAAGAAGGCGAGAGACAGUGUUUCCUCUUCUCCAAACAUCUCAUCAUCUGUACCCGCGGCUCCGGGGGAAAACUUCACAUCACUAAGAAUGGAGUGGUCUCUCUCAUAGACUGCACACUGAUGGAGGAGCCAGAGGGGACAGACGAUGAGUUAACUGUUGUGUUGGGGGUAGCAAAAGCCAAAGGGGAGCGGAGUGGCCAGGACACAGAGCACUUGGACUUUAAAGUGAUGGUGGAGCCCAAAGAAGGCCAGCCCUACACCGUCAUCCUGGUGGCUUCAUCCCGUCAGGAGAAGUCAGCGUGGACUAGUGACAUCAGCCAGUGUAUUGACAACAUCCGCUGCAAUGGCCUGAUGAUGAAUGCCUUCGAGGAAAACAGUAAAGUCACCGUGCCACAGAUGAUUAAGUCGGACACCAGCUUGUACUGUGAUGAUGUCGACAUCCGCUUCAGCAAGAUGAUGAACUCCUGCAAGGUGCUGCAGAUCCGCUACGCCAGCGUGGAGCGUUUGUUGGAGAGGCUGACUGACCUGCGCUUCCUCUCCAUCGACUUCCUGAACACCUUCCUCCACUCCUACCGCGUCUUCACCAGCGCUGACGUAGUGCUGGACAAGCUCAUCACUAUCUACAAGAAGCCCAUCAGUGCCAUCCCUGCACGUUCUUUGGAGCUUUUCUUUGCUAGCAGCCAGAACAACAAACUCCUCUACGGCGAGCCACCCACGUCGCCGCGUGUCAGCCGCAAGUUCUCCUCCCCUCCUCCUCUCUCCAUCACCAAGACGUCCUCGCCCAACCGCCGUCGCAAGCUUUCGCUCAACAUCCCCAUCAUCACAGGGGGCAAAGCCCUGGACCUGGCUGCACUCAGCUGUUCUCCCAAUGGCUAUGCAAGCAUGCACUCCACCAUGUCACCCUUUAGUAAGACCACCCUCGACAUCAACAAGCUCUAUGUGUCCAGCACCAUGGCCAGCAAAAUCCCAGAUGAGGGAGAGGCCAAAGCCGAAGGCAAGGCUGAGGAGUCUGUCCUCAACAAGCAAGAUCUGUCUGUGAGAGAGGAAUGUGCUGAGGACCCAAGUCAGAGUGACGAAACAGAAGCAGAAAUGUCUCCUCCCAAGUCACCGUCAACACCCAAGAACGUCAAGUCAAAAAACUCUGAGUUUUCCCUGUUUUCCUUCAACAACGGCAUGGUGGUGUCAUCUUGCCGAGAGUUGGACAAUAACCGCAGUGCCCUUUCUGCCGCCUCGGCCUUCGCCAUCGCCACCGCUGGUGCCAACGAAGGCACGCCAACCAAGGAGAAGUACCGUCGUAUGUCGCUCGCCAGCACAGGUUUUCCUACAGACCAGAGGAAUGGGGACAAAGAGUUUGUUAUCAGAAGAGCUGCCACAAACAGAGUCCUGAAUGUGCUGCGUCACUGGGUCUCCAAACACGCGCAGGACUUUGAGCUGAACACAGAGCUGAAGAUGCGGGUAAUUGGCUUCCUGGAGGAGGUGAUGCAUGACCCAGAGCUCCUCACACAGGAAAGAAAGGCAGCUGCCAACAUUAUCAGGACUCUCACUCAGGAGGACCCUGGAGACAACCAGGUCACUCUGGAAGAGAUCACACAGAUGGCCAUGGAGGACUGUAAGACUGAGCCGUUUGACAGCCACUCUGCCCUCGAGAUAGCUGAGCAACUCACACUGCUGGACCACCUGGUCUUCAAGGUCAUCCCAUACGAGGAGUUCUUUGGUCAAGGCUGGAUGAAGAACGACAAGAAUGAGAGAACUCCAUACAUUAUGAAAACAACCAAGCAUUUCAACGAUAUUAGCAACAGGAUCGCCACAGAGAUCCUUCAAUGGGACGAUGUCAACAUGCGAGUGGCAGUGAUCGAGAAAUGGGUGGCAGUGGCCGACAUCUGCCGCUGCCUCCACAACUAUAAUGCCAUGCUGGAGAUCACAUCGUCUCUCAACCGCAGCUCCAUUUUUCGUCUCAAGAAGACCUGGCUCAAAGUCUCCAAGCAGACAAAAACUGUGAUCGACAAGUUACAGAAGCUGGUGUCAUCAGAGGGACGAUUCAAAAACCUGAGAGAAGCUCUGAAGAACUGUGACCCUCCCUGUGUUCCCUACCUGGGAAUGUACCUGACUGACCUGGCCUUCAUCGAGGAGGGAACACCCAACUACACAGAGGACAACCUGGUCAACUUCUCCAAGAUGAGAAUGAUAUCUCACAUCAUCAGAGAGAUACGGCAAUUUCAGCAAACAGCUUACAAGAUUGAUUAUCAACCAAAGGUUGCAAAGUACUUGCUGGACAGCAGUACAGCGCUGGAUGAGGAGAGCCUGUAUGAAGCGUCUCUGAGAAUCGAGCCCAAAACUUCAUCAUGAAGAGGAUCUCUGCCACCCUAAACCCUCAUAUGGAGUGUACAGGAACAAUAUAUCAUAAUGUACAUAUAUUAUUAUUUGUAUUAGACACUGUAGGCUGAUCCCUUCUAGUAUGUGCUCCCCAAUGGACUUGUUGUGUAUAAUCGUUAUUAGAGACUGAGUAGAAGCCCAGAGAGGUUUUAUUUAUAUAGUUACAGAGUAUUUAUAUGUUACUUAUCGUCUUAAAUACCAUUUUAUGAUAAAGUUAUUUUCCACCACAGAAUAAACAGAUGAGAGAGUAUACAGACAUGCUAUUUAGUCAUAUCCUAAUGGGAAUGUGCAGUAUAAAAAUGCUCUCAUUCAUGAGAGAUGGUGGUCACUUUCGACACAUGAUGAUCAACUCCCACUUUUCUGCUCAGAUGUCAAAAUCAAAGAGAGAACUGCACAUAACUGCAGUUGUCUUUAAACAAUUCCCCAUACAAACAUUCUGCAGCCAUUUCUUCAGCCUGUUUGUCCUCAAGUGUAGAUCUUAAAAGUUAAAAAUAAUACAAAUACUCGCUGCAUGAUCAUUUAUUUAAUGUUGUAAUCCUUAAGAUUUCAGUCCUGGUUGAUCUGAAUCCAGCACUGGAAUGGCGGACUCCGCCACUAACACUAAAAACUACUAAUUGCUGAGUGUAAAUACAUUGAAUGGCUAUUGCAGAAAAAAAAUGCCAACCAGAAAUUGCGUCAAAAAUGGGGUUUUAUUUCAUGUUAAGGAUUCAAACUUUAACAUUUAUAAAGUAAGCCACAAAUUUUUCCUCUCAGAGAAAUAAAGGAGGUGAAAAGUGGGACUGCUGUGGUGGCAGAAUCAUGCGCUCUGAUGUUUUAUGUAGCCACUGAAUGACAAAGAGUAGAGAUUUGGAAGAGUUUGAGUUUAACUGAUACAAGAUUACCUGCUGACUUCUGAUUGAGCUGGGACACAUGUUUUCAGUUUGGAGAGAUGGGUUUUUAUGCCUUUUGCUUAUUAUCACCUUACUCCCCUGGUGGGCAACAUGAUGUAUAUACAGUAUAAGCACCGGGCAGUGUAUGUAGCAGAUGUAACCAAUAUUGAGCCACUUCAGGAAGUUAAAUUCCCAGCUUCUUCACUCAGACACUAAGAGCAUAGUUUUUAUGGUUAAUCCUCUUUGGCCAGUGCAUUAUGGUUUUGCCUUAAUCAUGAAAUGGAUUAUAUACCACAAAAGUAUGUAAACUAUUUUGUUCUACGAUUUGCCAAUGAAGCAGAAAUAUUUGCUGUGUACAAUAUUGUGUACAGGCAGUCUGAUGCAUUUCCUAACGUGCAAUGUGUUAAAAACAUAUCCCUCGAAAUGUGUUAUCCUUAUGAUCGUUCAACUCUGUAAUAACUUCUGUGUAUGAUACUUUAAAACAAAUGUUGAAAGCAACUUAUAAGUGUAACACAUUCUGUAUCCUGUCUAUUCCAACGUGUUAGCAGGAACUAUACAGUAGUAACAUUGUGCUUAUUCUUGGAAUAUUUAUAGGUAUUUUUUACAGGCUUUGUAUAUAAAAACACCUAAAGCUUAAGUGGCAGGCAUGUACCACUUCCACGUGUUCAAAUCAAAUCUCUAUAUAGAACCGUAUGUGUACUGUAUUUACACCCCACCCUUGCACAUUAAUCUUUACCCUCUAAAAGGCACAUCAAAUGUUUGCAGUGAGCAAUACCCAGUGGUAUGAGAAUUAUCUUUAAGUCUAGUUCAACAGCUUGAGUGGUAUUUCCAGUUUUGUAUAAAAGUGUAUUCUUUCCUGAUUACCUCUUGUUAAUAAAUCUAUUCUUUCUCAGGGGGA